AUGACGCGAGCGGCGGCGGCACUCUGCCUGGCAAUCUGCGCCGGGGCGGACGCGUAUGAAAGGAUAAUCCCCACCGACCAGGCUCACGCCGACAUUGUGGGGCAGACAAACUACCAAGGCGGCCAGUCUUGCCGCUCCCUGCCCACCGUCAUCGGCACGGCUUCCGAGAAGGAGCUGAGCGAGGUGAUGCGUCGCACACACUCGAUCCGGGCAGUGGGCACCGGCGCCAAUUGGAACAUCAACAACAUGGCCUGCGCCGCAGCGGGAGGCUUCAGCCUGGUCACCGCGGCGAUGUGCGAGGUGGACGAGCUCACGGGCGCUCUGCCAUUCUACCUGGCGCCCGCCGAGGGGACGGCGACUGCGACGGCGGCGACCCCGGACAUCAAGGUCGACGAGGCCAAGGGCGUUGUGACGGUCAAGACCUGUGUCACCGUGCAGGCUCUCAACGAGUACCUCGCCGCGUACCGGACAGAGGCGUCGCCGACGGGCUACAUGCUGCCGGAGCCAGGCACGAUCUAUGCGGGGCAGACGGUGGGCGGCGCCGUGGCCACCGCGACGCACGCGCACUCGCUCGUGGAAGGGAGCUGGUCCGCCAAGGUCCUGGAGGCGCGCCUCAUGACGGCGGACGGCGAGGUCAUCGAGGGGGUGUCGGAGGCGACCCGGCCGCUGCUGUGGCGCGCGCUCAAGACGUCGGGUGGGCGGCUGGGCGUGCUGCUCGACGUGACGGUGCGAAUCGUCAAGCACCGCAUGAUCAAGGUGAGCUAUGGCGACGAGCUGAGCGCAAGCGACUUCAUUAUCGACGUCAAGCAGACCGCGAUGCACGUGGCGCAGGCGGUGGAGCUACGCACGGAGAAGACCGAGGAGGGCCGCGAGGCGCUCGUCAACCAGAUGAAGCGCGCGGCGCACAACAACAAGGUCCUGUUCGUGUCGGUGAACCAGCAAGGCACCACGGUCCGGUACCACGGCUUUGAGCUCAGCCCCGAAGACGAGGUCGCGGACGAGCUCUACACGACCAAGUUCUCCUCGGCCGCGCGGGAGCGGCACCAGGUCACGUGGUACAACUGGCUCGAGGGGACGACGUACCGGUGGGGCGCGCACACGUGGACCGAGGCGAUCCAGCGCGGCGCGCGCGAUGGCAGCCACCUGUGGAAGCGCCUCGAGUCGGGCACCUCCGACGUGGAGGAGCACCCCAACCUCUGGUUCAGCGACCCCAAGGUGUGCAAGGACACGUCAGCCGCCGCGGCCGACCCGCCCGCCUUUGCGGACUACCUGAUGGAGGAAGCGCGGCUGGCGCGCAUCCAGCAGGCGCCGCCGGCGUACCAGACGUGGACCGAUAUGCACGCCGGCGGGGCGGAGGCGGGCUGCUUCAACUCGACCGAGUACAGCAUCCCGUGGGACCGCGCGGCGGGCUGCAUCGAGGCGCUGCUCGCCAACGCCACCAACCUGUACCCUCCCAACGCCAAGACGGUGGACGUGAUGAUGGGUUGGACCGGGGUGGACGACUCUUUCCUUUCCCCUGCGGGCCGCGAGCCGCGCCUCUGGCUCACCGUCGUCUCGCACCACGGGCACGGCGUGCCGCGGCCGGUGAACGAGCUGAUGCGCAGCCCCAAGUGCGCCGCCGCGCUGCACUGGGGCCAGGCCGGCUGGGAGGAGGAGCUCGAGGUGAGCUACCAGAGCACGGUCGAGCAGCUUGGGGUGGACUGGUGCCAGUUCGGCUGCUUGGCGCAUCAGCACGACCCGGACGGCAAGUUCGCCGGCCAUGGCUGGGCGCACGAGACCUGGACCUUUGCGGCGUACGACCCCGUCUCCCGGCGGGUGGUCAACGACGAGGCCUUUGCGAAGGCGUGCUGCUCCGAGGCGGCCCGGGGCAAGGACUCGGUUUUCGCAAACGACCGGUGCACCUGCGCCGCCAACAUCCGCGAGAACAGCGAGCGCGCCCACUAUGCGUGCCACAUGAUGACGGAUCGGAUCAACGACCUGCUCUCCACCCACUGCGGCACCAAGGAGAAGAAGGGCGCCGCGCUCACGGGAGGCUGCGACUGGGUGGGCAUUCAGCAGUGGCACAAGGAGCGUAACCUGCACUGGAAUCACAUGCCCAACGGCUGCGCCGCAGCGCCCUCGCCGCCGCCUCCGCCGCCCUUUGUGCGGCCGCCGCCGCCGUCGCCGCCGCCGCCGCCCAACCCGCCGCCGCCCCCUCCGCCCAAUCCAAUGCCGCCGCCACCGCUGGAUUCGCCGCGCGCCGACGCGUUCGCGAGCGCUGCCGCCAGCGACGCCGAGCUUGCCGCGCACGUCAGCCAGGCCAAGGCGGCGAUCGUCCUCGUCGCGGUCGCUGUGGAGCUGCUCGUGCUGUACGGCCUGUACCGGCACUGCUGCCCCAACCUCUUUGGCGGCGGCGACCCGCGCGGGAGCAAGCUGCCGGAGGUGGCUGAGCAGGAGGGCGAGGAGGGUGACGAGGAUGAGGACUACGAGGACGACGAGGAGUAUGGCGAGGAGGGGGAAGAGGGGUACGAGGAUGACGAGGAGUAUGGCGAGGAGGAGGAGUAUGGUGAGGAGGAGUACGAGGCGGUCGUGGAGAAAUACGACCAGGGAACGGCGCGCGCCAUAGGCGCCCGCAAGAUGGAUAUCGACGUGUGA